UUUCCCAACCCGAAUUUUCGAAAAAAUUCUCGCUUUCCCUGAUCGAAACUGCUCCAAGUCACUGGGAGGUGAAGGUCUGUAUAUCAUCAAUGGCACGGAAGUUGGGCGGCAGGAUUCCUGUCCUUUUCACGGUGUUCUCCUUAGUGGUGGUGCUCUGUGAAGGACUUUUUCCGACGACCAUGACUCUUGAGAGGGCUUUUCCGGUGAGUGGUGAUGUCGAGCUGAGUCAGCUCAUAGCUCGGGACAGGGCCAGGCACGGAAGAAUGUUGCAGUCCACCAACAGUGCUGGUGUUGUCAACUUCCCUGUUGAUGGCAACUCUUUCCCGGUCGGGAUUUAUUAUACAAAAGUGCAAUUGGGCAGCCCACCUCAGGAAUUUUACGUGCUGAUCGACACCGGAAGCGAUGUGCUGUGGGUCAGUUGCAGCUCGUGCAGCGGCUGCCCUUUGACAAGUGGUCUCAAAAUUCCGCUUAAUUCCUUCAAUCCCAUGAGCUCGUCAUCAGCCUCAAAGAUCUCGUGCUCAGACGAAAUGUGCACCCAGGCCCAGGGGACGCAAUAUUCGAACAUGACCUGCUCUGCUCAGGGCAAUCUCUGCAGUUACUCGUUCCAGUAUGGAGACGGGAGCACCGCAUCGGGAUAUUAUGUCUCGGACACUUUUUAUUUCGAUAAGGUCCCAAGAGAGUCUCAGACAGCAAACUCUUCCGUCGUCUUCGGGUGCAGCAUGGCGGUGGGCGGGCGGUUGACGGAAACGGACAAGGCAGUUGACGGUAUAUUCGGGUUUGGGCCGCAGAGUCUAUCGGUCAUCUCGCAAUUGGCUUCACAAGGAAUAACUCCCAAAGUGUUCUCACACUGCUUGAAAGGAGACAAUGCCGGUGGAGGAAUAUUGGUCCUCGGUGAGAUCGUGGAGCCGAACAUGAUCUACAGUCCACUAGUCCCAUCUCAGCCUCAUUACAAUGUAAAUCUGGAGAGCAUUUCAGUGAAUGGUCAGGCAUUAAAUAUUGAUCCCUCUGUAUUUGCAACAUCAAGCAAUGGUGGCACUAUAAUCGAUUCCGGGACAACUAUUGCAUACUUAGCAGAAAAAGCUUACGAAGUCGUUAUCCCUGCUAUCGAUGCCGCUAUUUCUGUGUCCGUGCAGCGAGUUCCUACCGAUAACUUCCUGUGUUACUUAGUUACUUCAAGCGUUGACAAUAAUUUUCCACAAGUCACUUUCAAUUUUGAGGGCGACGCUUCAAUGGUCUUAGGCCCUCGGGAUUAUCUCCUAAAGGGGGGCUCCACGGGCGGUAACGAUUUGUGGUGCAUCGGCUUUAUGGGUGUCAAGGGUGGGCUGACAAUAUUAGGAGACCUUGUUUUGAAGGACAAGAUCAUCGUUUAUGAUCUCGCCAGGCAACGGAUCGGGUGGACCAGCUACGACUGCUCACGAUCAGUUAAUGUCUCAACAACAUCAAACUCCGGGAAACCUGAAACUGUCAUUGUAGGCCACUCCCCGAGGAUUUUGCCUGAGAAGUCGAUACUUUGGAUCGCAACAACUAGCAUACUGUACACAUUGAUGGUCAGCAGUUACAUGUUCCUAUAGUACCCUGCGGAGUUUCCUUCUCCACGCAUAUAGUCCUUUCAAUGUGCCGGUCGAUAGUUGCAUACACCAGCAAGAACAUAAUAAUUCUGUUCACCCUAAAGCGGUAAAGCCAUUCGCUUUGCUGCACACCAUAGGUUUUCUGUUUGUUUUUCAGUUCGAUCUUUUAUAAAUAAUAAUCAAACUCGUUACCUAUAUUCAAG